AUGACUCGCAAAAGAAAAAUUGUAGACGCUUUAGAAGACUAUUCCAGGGUUCGCCGUUCCGAUGCAUUCGAUAGUGCAGUGGAUGAUGUUUGGAGCAGUGAAUUCAUGAAAGAUUUUGACAAGCGAUAUGGGCAUAUUGAUACUAAAUCUCGGUGGAGAAGGAAAAACUCGGCCCAACAAUGGACGAGGACUCCAGAAGCAGAUUUUCGUGGAAAGGACGAACUAGCUGCAGAUACUAAAAAACUUGAACACACCGUGGAAUAUCCUUCAGAGCUUAUUGAAUACAUGAAACAAAUCGCUUGCAUUGUCAAGAAUGAUCCCACUGUAUCAGGUGAUUUACAAAGAAAGUGUUUGGAGGAAUGUCAAGGUUUUGAAAUUUCUUUGUGCAAAUAUAGUACACCUUGCUUUCUAAUUGACGAAAUUUUCAACGGCUGCCGCAAUGCUGCAAAACAAUGGAUGUUUAAGAUUAUGCAAUUGAGGAAAGAGACUUCGCUGCAACUCCUUUGCAUGCCUUGGGCCUGUCAUACCUUGGAAUCCUUGCUUUCUUCACUGUCUAACGUUCUAGACACCGAGAUCAUUGAUCAUUGGGUGGAUCUAGUUUUAGAAAAUUGGAUUCAGCUGACAUCUGACAGAAAUGCCGCUCAUUUUAUUCGCACCCUUAUAUAUCACCUCAUUGGAACUAAAAGGAAGAGAUCGGGAAAGAUGGAGAAGUGUUUAACGAGGGAUGUUCUAUCCAAAAAAAUACAAAUCAGUCAAUCAGCGAAAGAAAGUUUUGGGAGAAUUGCAAGUAUGGCGCUGGACUACAGUUCGGUGAACGCCCUGUUGAACAGUGAAUCAGUUUCUUUGGUACUACAAGAUGUGAUCGAAUGUGACUCUGUUUUACAAACUGGUUAUCUUCGAAGAUUUGUUGAAGCAGCCUGCGUGGACCCUGAUUCCAUUUUAAAACAGUGGAAGGGAAAACAGGCUUCUCAUUUAUGGGAUGUUAUAGUGCAGAAGGUUGAUGAGGAUCUCCGUCAAAUUUUAUAUCAUUCCGUUCUAGAAGGCAGAUUGUUCGACCUCUCUUUACACAUGUUCGCUAAUUUCCCUGUGCAAAAAUAUAUAUUAUCAGUAAAAUCAAAUGAACUGGUUACUAAGGUUUCUGACGAACUUAUUAGUCAUUUCGUCGAUAUUUGCGCUGAUUCUAAAUGGGGAAUCAUUGCUGCACUGGUUCAAAUGGCCCGCAAUAGAAAUGAAGUGGUUAUCGUUAAAAAGCUACGGAAUUAUUUCAGAUGUCGUUCUAGAUCUGCAAGAUCAACAUUUGUACCCUGUGUAUUCACUCUUGCUUGCCGGACUUCUGCACAGUUUAUGGGAACUUUUGAUGUUGUAAAAGGACAGCUGCAUGGAUCCCUUAUUCUUCAAGAACUUAUAAAUUACGAGCAUAACAAAACAAUAGUUAUGUCAAUGAAAUCGCUAACGGGUGCAACGGUUUUCGAAAUGGCCCAAGAUAAGAAAGGCAGCUUCUUACUGCAGUCUCUCUUCAAAUCUUCUACAGUUUCGCGAACUGACAAAGAACUGAUUGCCAAACCGUUGAAGUUGAAAUGGCAUGAAGUGAUAACCAAUAAUGUUUCAAGCCAUGUAUUCGACGUUCUCUGGGCAAAUGAUCUUUAUAAUAUUGUGGAAAAAGAAGAAUUAAUGGACGCAUUGUCGAAGGCAGUGAUUGGGAAUCAUUGCAAAACAUUACGUCUGAUGUGUACGAAAUUGAAUUUGCGAAAAUUUAGAGAACAGCGAAAGAAAUGGCUAGAAGAUGCAGGGACAAGACUUGUGAAAUAA